GGGAAUUAACAUUGCAUUUAGUUUACCAAUCUAUCUGUUUUCUAUCAGCACCGACUAUACCUAAAGGUAUAUUGAUUAUCCCAUUAAUAAUUAUUUAUGUAGCUACAUAAAAGUAUAAUAUAAAAUACUGUUAGCUUAAAAAAAAAAAAGUUGAUCUCAUUUCAGAUAAAAAUAAAAAUAAUAAAUGCAUGUUUGAUCUAAAAUAUGCUCACCAUGCUGCGCAUAAAAUGGCGCAUGACAACGACUUGUAUAAAAAUAAGUAAAGAGGAAUCAUACUUGCCUUGUCGCGAUGACAUGCUCAAAGUGAUCUUACACUCCUUUGUAGUGAUCAUCGCACAGUUGACUGCUCCCUCAUUUCGAAAUAAUAUCUCUAUAUUCUAUCUCACACGGUAAGGUAAGGAGUUUCCACCCAUUAUUUUAGACAUGGAAGAUUAAUUAUGAUCCACACAUCCCUGAUCUGCUUCCCAAUAGCAGGGAGUGAAAUGUUACGAAUUUUAACUAGUUCUACGUAUUCUGGUUAUUCAUUAUUUGUUUUUAGAUUAAUUCAUUUCUUUCUUAAAAUUAAAAAAAAAUGUUUGUAGUAUAACCCUUUUACGGCAUGUGUUACUCAAAGAAAUAUGCAACAGAAAGUAUGUACCAGAAGUGUGGAGAGCAAUGAACCUAAAUUUUUUAGGAGAUCAAAUUUUAAACCUCACUAAUGUAGUUUGCAUUUUCUUUUUCUUAACUAUGUUGGUCCAGUCAAUACUUUUCAAAUUAUAUAUAUAUAUAUGAAACAUUUUGAUAUCAUGGUGCAUGCAUUAAAAUAUAUAUCAACACUAAUGCCCUAACAUACCUUUAUUGGCGAGUAGUUCUUAAGUUACGGUUGGUUGACACAAUUUUCCUUGUAGUGUAGGGAAGGGUGUGGAGCCUCUGACUGUGAUUCAGGUUUGCAAUGCGAUCUUCUACCAUGGCAUCUUCUGAUUUCUUACUCCCUCACGCUAAUUUGUUUUACCCCUUAAACCAAGCCUCAAAGUGCCUUUUUUUUCUUCCACUCUGAAGGCGGGGAUGAACGCGUUCGGGCAACAAUGCCGAUCGCUGCUUGUCGUGGUGGAAGGGGAGGCCAUUUUCGAUGUCGACCGCACGCUUUUGGCGGGAUCUCACGGCGGCUGCGUCCUCCCCCAUCCGCCCCAUCGCGUCCGACCGGCGCUUCUCCUCCAGGAGUUUUCACAAUUCUGCGAGGCCGCACACAUCCCCCAUCGCUCCUUCCGCCAGACAGAAUUAUGCGGGGAAAUACUCCAAAAAGACCCUGAUUAUGGUCUUGAAAGCCUUCCGCCGAUGGUUCUUGUCCUUUGCGCGGGGGUUGCCGAAGUUUGCGAUCUUUUAGCCGCGGUUUUACGUCCUUUUCCCCAUGACAAGGCCUCCCCCAGGGUGGCUUCGCGGGAAAGUAUUUUUUGUCUGCUCGCGAUGGUAGAAGUCGGGGAAAAGACGGCGGUCGGACCCGCCGUCCCCGCGAGCACAGACAAUUUAAGUUGGCUGCGGCCCCCACAAAGUUAUGAGUCCGAAUUACAGCAAAUGCGAAGUGUAAAAAGUGAAGGUGGGGCGUGGAGGAUAGAGGAAAUCAAAAACGAGGAAAAUAAAAAGGAGAGGGACCCCGAGGAGACCUACACGAAAGUGCCUUUGCAUAUGUACAGCAACUACCCCAUUCUGCGAGACUGCGAAACUUCCUGUGGGGAUUUGACGAAAGGGACGAACCUCUGCACGCUAGAUGCAAUAUUACGGGAAUUAGCAUAUAAAGCAGGACAUCUUCCUAAGUAUGGCUCAUAAAAAAAAAAUAGAAGGCGCUUAA